AACUAUAUAUAGAUUUCCAAUUCCGAGUCACUUUCUUUAAUCUUCUCUAUAAAUCAAGAUUCAACAACAUGAAGCCUAUUUUAGUAAGGUCAGCGGCGCGUGCUCUGCUCGGUGGUGGCCGGAACUACCCCCGCCACUUCUCAACGGCUGCGAUCUGGGAACCGAGACACCAACAUGGCGGCGGCGCGUUUGGAAGUUUUUACUUGCGGAGGAUGUCCACGCUUCCGGAGAUUAAGGAUCAGCAAUCAGAGGAGAAAAAGAACGAAGUCAACAAGAAGAACGACGGCGUCGUUUCGAGUUACUGGGGGAUCACGAGGCCCAAGGUUCACAAAGAGGACGGAACUGACUGGCCGUGGAACUGUUUCAUGCCAUGGGACACUUAUCGCGCAGAUGUAUCCAUAGACGUGACCAAGCAUCACUUACCGAAGUCCAUUGCCGAUAAGGUUGCUUUCAGGACUGUCAAGUUUCUAAGGGUUCUCUCUGAUCUGUACUUCAAGGAGCGGUAUGGGUGUCAUGCGAUGAUGCUGGAAACAAUUGCAGCUGUUCCGGGAAUGGUGGGAGGGAUGUUACUGCACUUUAAGUCUCUGAGGAAGUUUCAGCAUAGUGGGGGUUGGAUCAAGGCAUUGCUUGAGGAAGCAGAGAAUGAGAGGAUGCACUUGAUGACCAUGGUGGAGCUUGUGAAACCCAAAUGGCAUGAGAGGUUGCUGGUUAUUACUGCGCAGGGAGUUUUCUUCAAUGCCUUCUUUGUGUUUUACCUCCUCUCGCCAAAAGCUGCUCAUAGAUUCGUUGGAUAUUUGGAGGAAGAGGCUGUGAUUUCAUAUACGCAGCAUUUGGAUGCAAUUCAGAGUGGUAAAGUUGAAAACGUCGCUGCUCCUGCCAUUGCUAUUGACUACUGGAGACUUCCCAAGGAUGCCACUCUCAAGGAUGUUAUCACUGUGAUACGCGCUGAUGAGUGUCAUCAUAGGGAUGUUAAUCACUUUGCUUCUGUGAGUGUUAAUUUUGUCAACAUGUUUACCAAACAUUGUCUUAAUUGUUUUAUUUCACCUUACUCUGAACGCUUUGUUCUUCUUCGUGCAGGAUAUUCACCAUCAAGGAAAGGAAUUAAAAGAGGCUCCAGCUCCUCUUGGUUAUCAUUGAGUCGUUAUUUUUGUUUUUUGACAACAAAAAUUUCUAGCUUUUGUUGUCUAAACACUCAACCUUUUAUUUGUGCCUGAAGGUUCAAUAAAAUGUAUUUUC